AUGGUUUGGAAGAGCGACUGCUGGAACGCCGCGAUCUGCCUGUGCUGCUUCGUUCUAGUGUCCAUAUGCAGUGGAGUGAAACUGAGCAGGUACCAGUACGGUAGGCCCCCGAAGAGAAGUUGCCUCAUGGACGUGUCGGUCAGCGGGAUGUCGCGCAGGCUAAGCAAGGGGUGUAGAAGUGCAGAUAAGUGCAGCCCCGCGGAUAAACACAACUUUGCCAGUCAGGACAAUCCCCCCGCUAGCCGCCCCCCCGCCGAUCGCUGGAACGUCCUAAUCAGCUGCUACGACCAGUGGGACGCCUUCCGCAACAGCUUCCUCCUGACGGUGCAUGAGAAGCAGUGUGUGCGGGACAUUAAGCAACAGAUCGAACGGGCCCACGGAAUCCCCGCCUCCUUCCAGCAGAUUUUAUAUCAAACAAAACCGUUAAAUGAUGACUUGCCGAUCGGACAGUUAACCAAAGGCAUAAAAAUGCAUCUCAUAAAUUUAACCCUCGUGACGAUCCUGCCACAUAUCUUUCCCUCACAAUAUAAAAAACUGCUACACCAUUUGGAGAAACACAAUUAUGUCGUUUCUGAGGAGGACAUUGCUCACUCGUUCAGUGAAUUCGACAAAGGAUUUCCAAAAAUGGUACAAGCUAAGGGGAUAAACUUGGAUAAAAUAAAGAAAGAAAUAGAGGAACUGCAACACGUGGAUAAGAAAAAGCUCCUACUCCGUCUGGGGGUGGACUUUCCAUUAAUGAGUGAUAUGCUACUCGACAGAUUGAAGGAGUUGUUCAAUUUCUACUACCUAGGCGACAUAAAAUCCGUUGUUAAAUUUUCCUUGUUUUUUUUUAUCCUGUACAAGGUUCUCUUUCCGGGCCUCACUAACAUCCUGUCCGCCUCCUACCAGCAGAUUCUCAUGUGCCAGUAG